CGAUUGAUCAGUCUAUCAGUCGUUAGUAGACAGUCUCUCUAAUCUGUUAUCGGUAGUCCCUAAAUAUUCUCUGUAAUCUGUGGUACCUCAUUAUUUAAUAAAUAUUACUUUAAAUUAAAAAAUAUUAUCUAAAAUGAGAUGGACGGUGCACAUCGAAGGUGGUCCGAUGCGUGUAAAUCAUGCAGCGGUUUGCAUUGGAGAUAAAAUAUAUUCCUUCGGUGGUUACUGCUCUUCUGAAGAAUAUAAAGACUGGGAGCCAAUUCCUGUUCACGUACUAGAUACUACAACUUUGAGAUGGGCCCCGGUUAACUAUAAAAAGAACAACCUCGUACCAUUUCAAAGAUAUGGACAUACGACUGUAGCUUACGGACAUAGAGUUUUCAUGUGGGGAGGCAGAAAUAAUUCAGUGGCCAGUGAAACACUAUCCUGUUUUGACACAAAAACAUUAGAAUGGAGUACACCUCCUGUAUCAGGAAUGGUACCUUAUGCUAAAGAUGGGCAUUCAGCAUGCAUCAUAAAAAAUAAAAUGUAUAUUUUUGGAGGUUUUGAAUAUUCUAGUGACCAAUAUUCACAGGAAGUUCACUGUUUAGAUCUGGAUACUUUAAAAUGGACAUUCAUUGAUACCCGAGGUUCUCCUCCAUCUUAUCGUGAUUUUCAUACUGCUGUUGCCUAUGGUGACAGAAUGUAUGUAUUUGGUGGGCGGGGAGGUGGUGACUUUAGCCCAUAUAACAACUUAGAUGAAGAAUACUGUCCCAAAGUAUAUUACUUAGAUACUGUUGAACAGAAAUGGGUAGUUACUAAUCCCACAGGUACUUGGCCAGAGGGCAGACGCAGUCAUUCAGCUUGGCUUCACAAUGAUUUCAUGUAUAUUUUUGGAGGUUUCAAUGGAGAUACCAAAACUCAUUUUAAUGAUCUGUAUAGAUAUUCAAUAAAAGAAAACUAUUGGGAACAUAUUAAUGUAGGUGGUUUUGUCCCAUGCAAGAGAAGACGUCAGGCAAGUUUAAUCUAUAAGGAUAAAGUAUAUCUUUUUGGUGGAACAAGUCCCUGCCCUCACACAAGCAAUCGUCCAAUUGUGGAUGACACAGAUAACCCAGAGAGAUUGAUAGACAAUAGUGAUCUGCACCUGCUAGAUUAUUCUCCGACUCUCAAGACCCUUAGUAUUCUCUGUGUACUUGAACAUCAGCUUGAUCAGUCAUCUCUACCACGUGAUAUUAUAUUAGAUAUUCAGAUGAUGACUCUUCCAAAUCGAAUCAGCAGACCCAAUAACCAAGCCGGUUGAGACUUGUUACUAAAUGAAGAUGCUUUGAGGAGUUUAUAAGUUAUAUGCUAUGAUCUGCAAUAUUGGGAUCGAUUCUGAGGCGCCAUUCUACAAUCCUAUCUGUAAAAUUCAUAUUUUAAUUUGAUAGUUUCACUUAAGUAUUAUUUUAUGAAUCAUUAUAAACCAAAUUUAUAAUAUUUUUUACUUAAAUCUAUUAAAUAUUUAAUUCUUAUUAGUCCUAAAAUUAAAAUUUCCUAGUGAUAUUAACUUGAAAUAUUAAUUUUAGAAAUAGGUUUAGAGAAAUGUCGCCUCACGAUUGAUCUCAUUGUGUAAUAAAAAUAUUAUUACACAUUUUAGUGUUAAAAAAUACAUAUAAAUCGUGUUUAAAUAACAUUGCUGUACUUCUGUAAGAUAGUCUGAAACUGAAAUAUUUUUUGCCAUUGGAUGCUUUUAUAAUUUAUUAUAUCAUUGCAUAACAAACUUUAUUCAAAUUUAUUAUUUUAAUUUUUCGCAAUGAUAUCGUGGUUGUACUCGUAAAUUUUAAAAAUGUAUAUUAUCGCAUUUUAUUUGAAUUGAAAGUUCUUCUGCUGCGACUCGAUUCUUGUAAUUAAACCCGCCAUGAUAUCGUUGCGACUCAUUAUAAUACCUCCUUUAUUAAUUGUUGAUCCCCUGGUACAUAGAAACUAAAAUCUUUUAUAACUAUUGUUUUGAUACUUCCUUUCCAAUUUGAAAUUAAGUGCAAAAGAAAAAGACAAUUUACGUUUUUAUGAAAAGAGGGGAAGUGUGUAAAUAUAUACACAUCAUAAUAUAUGAUUAUGUACUAAAAAUCAACGAUUUAUGUUUAUAAUCAAGCUACUAUCCAUCUUAAUGUACUUUUAGAACAGAAAAUAUGUUUAAAGCAAUUUUUUUAUACUGUUUUGUAUGUAUGUUGCCUGCAUAACAUGCUAACUUACUUAAAAUGUAAACUUACUAAUGAGUAUAUAGAAAUUUUUGCAGUCAUUUUUACGGAUGUAGAUAUUGUUCAAAACCACACAUAGAAUUAAAUAUAUGCUAAAAAUUUGGCAACAACUGAUUUUAACUUAAAAAUGAUUAUGUGCAAAUGGAACUUGUUUCUCAAAGAGUCAACCAUUGCGAAAUAUGUUGUUACUUAUAUAUUAUGCAUGUUUUGCUAUUCAAUGUUUUUAAUUAUUAUUUGUUAAAAUACGGAAUACUGUUGUUGUAUGAUUAAUUUUUAUUUGAGUUUUAGAAUUGCAGUGCCAAAUUAUAUCUAUGAUUAUUAACUAUUAUUUUGGAUUAUAGUAUAUUUAUUAAAUAAAAUCGCGGCAUCCAUUUAGAUCUAUUUGUGAGCUGAACUAAAAUGUUUAUAUAAUUAAUAUACCGAUAUGAAUAUA